AUGUUUAUCGCUCGAUCAGAAUACGAUCGAGGAAUCAACACUUUCUCUCCCGAAGGUCGUCUCUUCCAGGUCGAAUACUCACUCGAAGCCAUCAAACUCGGCUCCACAGCCAUCGGAGUCGCCACUUCGCAUGGCGUUCUUCUCGGUGUCGAGAAACGCGUAACGUCCCCUCUCCUCGUUUCGUCGAGCAUCGAAAAGAUUGUCGAGAUCGACAGACACAUAGGCUGUGCCAUGUCAGGUCUCCAGGCAGACGCGCGGAGUAUGAUUGAACAUGCACGAGUCGAGUCUCAGAACCAUCAAUUCAACUACAACGAGAAGCUGGGCGUGGAGAGCUGCACACAGGCCAUUUGUGACCUUGCCUUACGGUUCGGUGAAGGUGCGCAAGGGGAAGAGUCUAUAAUGAGUCGACCGUUUGGCGUGGCGUUGUUGAUUGCCGGCUGGGACGAAGACAAUGGACCACAACUGUAUCAUGCCGAACCAUCAGGGACGUUCUACCGAUAUGACGCAAAAGCCAUCGGGUCCGGCAGCGAAGGAGCCCAGGCCGAGCUACAGUCCGAGUACCACCGAUCGCUGACACUAGAGGAAGCCGAGACGUUGGUACUGAAGACGCUCAAGCAGGUCAUGGAGGAAAAGCUAGAUGCGAAGAACGUGCAACUUGCCAGCGUCACGCGAGAAGCCGGGUUCAGAAUCUACGGCGAUGAAGAGAUGAGCAGUGUGGUCGCAAGACUGGAGGGUGAAUAG